UUUUAAUCAAUCACCUUUGAGUCAUGGAGGUGUUGUUUAGCCCCCUUUGACAGGUAAAAGAUGUCGCCAACCAGCAGACAACGGCGGCGCUCACCGACCACUAUGUGUCGGUCCGUUUCGUGAGCAGCUCUGACGGUCUGAACGUGAUGUGGCUCGGUUCUGAAGGCAGCCUCGCCCUAUUCGGCUACAGCAGACGGACGGAGCCGAAGCCCGUGUUGGAGGUAGCCUAGCAGCAGCAGCGGUCCGUGAAGGGAAGCCAUUGUUUAAGUUGUUGGCUAACAUGGCAACGGAAGCUAACGCUAGUAGCAGCGUCGGCUAGAGGGGACUCGCUGCUGAGGUCGUCGUUCAUGAUGCGCGUCUGCGGCGAGAUGGCAGUCCCCCUCCCCGUCGCCUUGGGUUAGCCUCGCCGCUCCGUCGCCCCGCUGAAGUGCGCCUGUCCUUCUCCCACGAUGGCCAACAGGAAAGAGCCCCCUUUCUUCAACGACGACAGCGUGGGAGCGUUCCAGUAUAAGCUUCCCUUCUACGACACCAUGGAGCUGUUCAUAGAGACCCUGACGGGAACCUGCUUUGAGCUGCGCGUGUUGCCCUUUGAAGCUGUCGUUUCAGUCAAAGCCAAGAUCCAGAGGCUGGAAGGUAUCCCUGUUGCACAGCAGCAUCUUAUCUGGAACAAUGUUGAGCUGGAUGAUGAUCAUUGUCUACAUGAUUAUGGAAUUGCAGAAGGCUGCACACUGAAACUUGUUUUGGCCAUGAGGGGAGGCCCAAUUAACACCAGGAGGGUAACCUUGGAGGAUCCUGUCAAAGAAGUGGCUGACCUGAUGGAGAGCACGAAGGAGGAGGUUUGGGACAAGAAUCAAGCAAACAAGCAGGUCACGUUUGUUGUGUAUCGUGAGGGCGAACAACUGAGCUUCUUCCGAGUGGUUGACAGGGGAGAUGGGACCCUGACUCCCCUGUCUGAGUCUAUAAGCGGUGGCUCGGUCUACAACAUGUACACCGAGGAGGAUGGAGAGAGCGCUGCAGCUGCACAGCAUUGCCUAGAGAACUCCAUCACCAUGACUAAAAUGAAGCUGCUCAAAGCCAAGAUGGAGGACAUGAACCUUAAUAAAAAGAAGUCUGCAAAAGUAACUCCGCUGGUUCCUGCUGACCCACAUCCGGGCUCCGGCGCCCUUGGACCUUCCAGCGCACAACACCUUCACCGCCUCUUUCGCUCCCUCCCACAGAUCAACCAGCCUUGGCAGACAAAUGCCCCCCUACCUUCUAUCGUGGAGCCCAAGUCUACGUACCCCUCUCCUCCCCCCGCCGCCGCCGCUGCUGCCCCCUCGGCCCACGUGACCGUCCACAGGCGCUCCCCUCCUUCUUUCCCAUCAUCUUCGUGUUACAUGCUUCAGGAGGAGGAGCCGUGGGAGCCAUGCCCGCCGUUCGCCAAGAUCCGCCCCCCUCCCAAAGUGUCCCGAAUGGACAUCGGCAGCAGACUGAUGAAAGACUGCGUCUACCCUCAGCUCCCGCCGCUCUGCACGAGGGGGGCUUCUGAAUCCCCCUUCGACCCAGUUGAGCCUUCCGUGGAGGCAGUGGGGCUUAGCAUACUGGAGGAGCCGGUCGGACUUGUUGUCCCGGCACAACCCGGGGCAUCGUUUGGAGAACUGUCAGACCCCCUGAGUUUGGAUAUGUCCAUCCAGCAUGAGGGGGGGCAUCAGACCAUAGACGUGGGGGCUCAGCACCAGCUGCCGCACUCCCCCUCCCCGCUCUGUCCCUGGACUCUCGGCGCCAGCGACGCGCUCCACAGCCGAGCUGAGCCGACCCAGCUGGGCGCGUCGGUGCAUAUCAGCCCUCCUCCUCCGUUACCUGCGUCCCCGUCGCCGUCCGCGUCCAGCAGACUGUUCUCUCAGCCUUUUGAUUCCACACUUUGUAUACAAGCACAGUCCUCAGCCAAGCCAGGCAACAUGUCCCCCCAUCCUCCGGCCUCCUUAUCCACUCAUCCAGCGCGCCUUCGCGGGGUCAAAGUAGAGUCACCCGGCAAGCGGCCGGAGCUCAUCUCUAAGAGGGAAGCACGAGGCAUCACUAAGAUUGUAAACCAAGCCUGUAAGGAGCCAGCCGGCUCGCUCAGCAACUCCGAGCUCUUUGCGUCUCUCUCCAGCAGAGCGCCGGACCACGGCGGCAGAGACGGCCUCGGGAAGGGUCUCGGCUUUCCACUGACGUUACCGCCCGCCGCCCCAGGACAGAGCGGCCUCGGCUCCAGGCUGCCAGCCAUCCCCACCAACAAGUUUCUUCAGGAAGACCUCUUCAGGCCGAUGUCGCCUCUGCGCCGAGCUGCAGCUUCUUACAGGACCAAUAACUGUCUUGCAUCAGCUGGAGGAGUCAUGAGUUCAUUCGGGACAGUAGGCACUCCGACGUACCACCUACCUCCUGUCAAGGCCCCGACUGGCACCAAGAAAAAGAGCUCAAAGCACUGCUUCCUUUGUGGCAAAAAAACUGGACUAGCCACCAGUUAUGAAUGCAGGUGCGGGCACAAUUUCUGUGCCACCCAUCGUUACGCGGAGACGCACGACUGCUCGUAUGACUACAAGACUGCUGGGCGGAGGUUCCUGCAGGAGACCAAUCCUCUUAUCAGUGCUCCCAAGCUACCUAAGAUCUAGACGGCACAACCGCUCACAGGAGACUGGCUGGCUGGCUGGAGGAGGACAACGUCAACGAACUGGGUGGGGAACAAAUGUUCUGCAAGGACGUUUUAAAAAGAAACACUUACACCACUGUGUGCUUUUUUUUAUUUUUUAUUUUAAUCUGCCAAGGUUGCUUAAAAUUUUAAUAAAUACUCUGUAUAAUCAAGUGUGGAACACGUGAGAGUGGACUGAAAUGGCACAGAACUAAUUAUCACCUUUUGACAAUGUGAAAAUAUUUGUCUUUUUCUAUUUCUCAGUUUAUUCCUUUUUGUCUUUAAAAUAAACUUUGCAUGUAUGUAGGUAGUUUUUACUCUGUAUAUCUGCUGCACGUUUUGUUACUUUAUAAUUUUUUUCCCAUUAGGACCGCUGUUGACUUUAUUUGACAAGUCUUAAAACAGAUGCACUUUAGAGCUAUAUUUCUACAUCUAACUUUACUUCUUAGUGGGGAAGGCUGCAUACAUUUCUGUGCUUGUUUCAUGAAGUGUUAUUAUCCAGAUUUUUAUAUUCUAUACAUCUAAAUGUCUUCUCUUUUUUUUUUUCCUUUUUUUUUUUUUUUUUUUUUUACUGGGCACGUAAAUGCAUCAUUUAUCUUUUUCUGUUGAAAGAACAGUCAACCCACGUACUGAUGAAAUACUCUGAUAUUUAUUAAUUAAUGGUACUUAUUUAAAUAAAGGCUGUUUUUGAAAUGGUAAGUAUGCAAUGUAUGUAAGUGUGAAUGUCAGUAACUUGUCCACUUGUUGAUUAAACUGUAGUAGAAUGGGGUAGGUUAUGGUAUUUGUGUCUACAGUGAGGUGGCUGCCAUUAAAAAAAAAAAUGUUUUUUAAAUUUUUUUUUUUAUUAUAAUUGCUUCGCUGUUGCAAAAAAUGCUAAACGCUGGUUAAGUAUCUCCAGGGGUUUAAUCUAAUAAAGUUUCCUUCCAUUUAAA